AUGAACUCUCGAAAGCUUCGAUAUUUCGGUGAAGCCUUCCCUCCUACACAGCAGCAAGCGCCAGCAGUCACUGACAUAAGGAAAGGGCUCCCGGAGCCAGCUGCGAAGAAGUUUGUGGGACUUGCGCAGCUCGGUGCUGGACCUCGAGGCGGAAAAGGUGGUCCUCUGCCACCAACAUCUGCACCAAGGAAGAAGAGUGUAGAUGCCGAAGCCCCCGUGAAGGGUCAAGAGGAGAAUGUCAAGGCGCCUGCAGUGCAGCAGCAACGCAAUGCGCCAGCAAUGAACCAAAUGCCUCCAACCCCCGAGGAAGAUAGAGCACCUACACCGCCUCGGAAAGUAGCAAUAGGCCUCCCAUCCAACCCGCGCGCCAAAGGAGGAGCGGCGUCUCCGAAGCACGUUCGGGGCAAAAGCAGCACUGGCUUUAGCCUUCUGAAGAUUAUUGAGACUCUGACUCCAGAAUGGACUCCUUCUCCAACACUGAAGCCAGAGCAGCUGAAGGACCAAGCCAUAUCGCCAGUCUCGCCACUUCCACCUCCCACAGAGCAGCGGAGGCCCUUCAGCUUCGAAGCAGCGUCAGCAUCUGCCGCGGCACCCCAGAUCCAAGAACAGCCCAAAUCUGCCGUUCCCAUCGUCACACCUCCGUCAGUGGCCGCGCCGCCUGCGCAAGAUGAUUCUCCCAUCCGACCAUCAUCCGCCGAUCUCUGUGGGGCGAGUCCAACAGCCAGCGGCUCGACACCUCCCACGCCCAGCGCCGCCCCAGCCUCACAAGAGCCCGAGACUACCACCGUUCUCCCCGUGCCAGCAGUCACCGUCCAGCCAUCACCGAUCCAGCAGACCCACCCUGCAGUCACUGAACCACCCUCUACGCCCCCACCCUUCGCCCCUCUAACCCGCGCCCCGAUCCCGCUCCCAGAAGUCCUGAUCCCAGCAAUUACGCCCUCACAUCUAUCGUGCUACACCAGUCACCGCAACGUCAUCUGGAGCAACAACACGUUCCAGCCCAUGGGCUGCAUGAUCUGCCACCUCAACAACCGCGAGCGCAAGUGGUGCUGUACGUGGUGCCAGCUGCGCAUCUGCAUGAACUGUAGCCAGGAGCUGUGCAUGGUGCCUGGACGGAAUUUAGAGGUGUACCUGCAGGAGCGGGAGAAGUUGGGUGCGGCACAGGAGAGGAACAGAGUCCCGGAGAAUGUGCUGAGUGCGGUGUAUGAGCGCGAUGAGGACUUUUCGUGA